AUGGGGGAUGAUGAUGACCUGGAAAAGCAGGCCCAGGAGAUGGCCGAAAAGGCCUUGCCGAGCAGUCUCCCAGAGGCUGCGCGACGGGCCAAGAUCCCAGCGAUCAAACAGAAGAUCUUGGAGCGGCUGAAGGCGCAGAAGGUGGAAAACGCCUCGAAGCCUGCGCCGAAAGCAGGUGCACUGGUUCCAACAUCCGUGCCAGCGCAGGCUCCUGUUCAGCCGCCUCCACCUGCUGGACAGCCACCAGCACCUCCACCACCGCCCUCUGAUGUGGGCGUGGGAGUGGUGAGACUUAGUGGUGUGGAGAUCUGUGGCGAUGAGCCCUGGUUUGCCGAUGCGGCCAUCCGGAAGCGCCUGAGGGAAUCCGUUGCAGAUGCUCACAAGGAGCAGAAGAUUCUCGUAGGACCUCCAGCAGAUGAGGUGGUACGAAUAUGCCCUGAGGAUGGCCGCGUCCUUGGCGCCGGCGCCGUGUUGCGCCUGGGCGGCGCCCAUCUGGGUGGCUACGGCGAGUCGGACAUCGCCUAUGCGUAUCGACAGGCCCUAGUUCGGUCAUGGUGA